AUGGUUCUUCAUAGAAAGAGACUUUCUGAUGGCUUAACGGUUACUCAGAAAGUGUUCGUUAGAUCCCGCAACGGAGGAGCGACCAAAAUUGUCAGAGAACAUUAUUUAAGAAACGAUAUACCGUGCUUGUCAAGAGCCUGCAAAAAAUGCAUCAAUAUUGUAGUACCUGAUGCCAAGAACGAGCUUCCUGUUUUCGUAUUAUCCGAAUCGCCGCAAAAGCUGGUCGAUGGUCGCAAACAUUAUGUGGUUUUGGACGCUAACAUUGUCCUACAAGCAAUCGACCUUUUGGAAAAUCCAGCUUGUUUCUUCGAUGUAAUCAUUCCCCAGAUUGCGCUAGAUGAAAUAAGAAAUGUUUCUUACCCCAUCUACACCAGACUUAGAACACUAUGUCGUGAUAGCAACGACACUAAAAGACUGAUAAUCUUUCACAACGAGUUCCACGAAGACACCUACGUUGAGAGACAAUCCGAUGAAUCAAUCAACGACAGAAAUGACAGAGCUAUAAGAAAAACUUGCGCUUGGUACGGAGAGCAUCUGAAGAGCUCCGGAAUAAGCACUUUACUUUUGACUAAUGAUAGAGGAAACCUAGAACGUGCGAUCAAGGAGGGACUGGACGCCAAAACUCUUGCUCAAUACAUCGAGCUUCUACCUGAAGCAGAAGAGGUCAAGGAUGCCCUUCCAAAUCUGGAGACUUUCAGCUCGAGAGAAAAAGAUGUCGAAGCUAGGUCAGAGUUCAAAUUUCCCGACUACUACUCAACCGCGAGAGUCAUGGGUGGCAUCAAAAGUGGCGUUCUAUAUCAAGGAUCAGUACAGAUAUCCGAGUAUAACUUUUUAGAAGGACAGGUAUCUUUGCCGAACUUCACGAAACCGAUAUUGAUUCUGGGCCAGAAAAACCUUAACAGGGCGUUCAACGGAGAUCAAGUUGUGGUCGAACUUCUGCCCCAGACGGAGUGGAAGGCGCCUUCUACGGUUGUAUUGGACUCAGAACAUUUCAAUGUUAACGAUAAUCCUGAUGGAGAUGAAAAUCAGAACGAAAGAGAAGAUGCAAUUUCAGACAAGCAACGUCGCUUGCUGGUUCAAGAUGCUAUACAAACUCAGAAAUCUGGCAAAGUUCAGCCCACGGCUCGAAUUGUUUCGAUAACGAGGCGGUCAUGGCGACAAUAUGUGGGGCAGAUAGCCCCAAACUCCGUGGACCUGCAAAAUGGUGGAACCCAGAAUGCUUUCGUCAUCCUUAUGGACAGAUCCUUACCUAAGAUCAGAAUCCACACGCGACGUGCGAGGGAACUCCUGAACAAGCGAAUUGUUAUAGCUGUUGAUUCGUGGCCAGACACCUACAAGUACCCGUUGGGCCAUUUCGUCAGAGAGCUUGGUGAAGUUGAAUCUGUGGAAGCUGAAACAGAAGCUUUAUUGCUCGAACAUGAUGUUGAGUACAGACCAUUUUCCAAAAAGGUUUUGGAGUGUUUGCCGGUCGAAGGGGCCGACUGGAAAGCCCCAGAAGAUCUUUCUGACCCCGAGGCAACUGCGAAGGACCCACUCUUGGCUAAAAGACGCGAUCUCAGAGAUAAGCUCAUUUGCAGCAUUGAUCCCCCCGGCUGUGUUGAUAUCGAUGACGCCCUACACGCGAAACAACUUCCCAAUGGUAACUGGGAGGUUGGCGUUCAUAUCGCAGACGUUACCCAUUUUGUCAAGGCAAACACACCUCUGGAUACAGAGGGUGCUGAAAGGAGUACUUCCGUUUAUCUCGUCGACAAACGUAUAGAUAUGCUUCCUAUGUUGCUGGGUACUAAUCUUUGUUCGCUAAAGCCUUACGUUGACAGGUUUGCAUUUUCCGUGCUAUGGGAAUUAGAUGCGAACGCCAAUAUUGUUAACGUUGAUUUUACCAAGUCGGUUAUCAAAUCCAGAGAGGCGUUCUCUUAUGAACAGGCUCAGAUACGGAUUGACGACCCGAACCAGGUGGACGAACUAACGCAAGGGAUGCGGGCAUUGCUCCAACUAUCAAUUAAGCUCAAACAACAGCGUCUCGACGCCGGUGCUCUAAACUUAGCAUCUCCGGAGGUCAAGGUGCACAUGGAUAGCGAAACUUCUGACCCUGGUGAAGUGGAAGUCAAAAAGCUUCUGGCGACCAAUUCUUUGGUUGAAGAGUUUAUGUUACUUGCUAAUCAGUCUGUUGCUCGAAAAAUCUAUGAGGCUUUUCCUCAGACUGCUAUGUUGAGAAGACAUGCCGCUCCUCCAGCUACAAAUUUCGAGAGCCUCAAUGAGAUGCUUCAACUCAGGAAAGGAAUGUCCAUUUCACUCGAAUCUUCAAAGGCUUUGGCUGCAUCUCUGGACAGAUGUGUUGACCCAAAUGAUCCCUACUUCAACACUUUGGUACGGAUUGCAUCUACUCGUUGUAUGAUGGCUGCACAGUACUUUUACUCAGGAGCGUAUUCUUACGCCGAUUAUCGACACUACGGGCUGGCGGUGGGCAUAUAUACUCAUUUCACAUCCCCCAUUAGACGUUUUUGCGACGUUGUUGCUCAUAGGCAGCUUGCAGCCGCCAUUGGUUACGAGCCACUCGAUUUAUCCCACAGAGACAAGAAUAAAAUGGAGUUUCUGUGUCGAAACAUGAAUAAGAAACACCGCAACGCGCAGUUUGCUGGGAGGGCUAGUAUUGAGUAUUACGUUGGCCAAGUUAUGAGAAACAAUGAAUCUGAGGAGACUGGCUACGUUAUUAGGGUCUUCCACAACGGUAUAGUUGUUUUAGUGCCAAAAUUCGGAGUCGAGGGUCUCAUAAGGCUCGAGAAUUUGACGGACGACGAGCAGUCCGCCGAGUUCAAGGCAGAUGAGUUCAAGUUAAGCUUCAAAGCAAAGGGCUCAGAGAAGAUAAAGGACGUUUUUGUCUUUGAUAAGGUGACCGUGCAAGUAAAAUCCGUACUCGACCCUGUCACCAGUAAACGUACGGCGCAGCUUUUGCUUAGAUAG